UCAUUGUGAUAUUUUCUGGACUUUCUUAUAUUCAGGUGACUGUAAACCGGACACAUGGCUCAAGCAAACGAAUCAGUGGUAUCUGAGUUUGUGCUUCUGGGACUCUCUAAUUCUUGGGAACUUCAGAUUUUCUUAUUUUCCAUCUUCUUUAUAGUGUAUGUGACAUCAGUACUGGGUAACAUCAUGAUUAUUAUUAUCAUUUCCUCUGACUCCCAUUUGAACUCCCCUAUGUACUUCCUGCUCAGUAACCUUUCUUUUAUUGACAUCUGCCAAUCGAACUUUGCCACCCCCAAGAUGCUCGUGGACUUUUUUGUUGAACGCAAGACUAUUUCCUUUGCAGGCUGCAUGGCCCAGAUAUUCCUUCUUCAUAGUUUUGUUGGGAGUGAGAUGAUUUUGCUAGUAGCAAUGGCAUAUGACAGAUUUAUAGCCAUCUGUAAACCCCUGCACUAUAGCACAAUUAUGACUCGGAGACUCUGUAUAAUUUUUGUGAUUAUUUCCUGGGCUGUGGGUAUUCUGCAUUCAGUAAGUCACCUGGCUUUUACAGUGGAUCUGCCAUUCUGUGGUCCCAAUGAAGUAAACAGCUUCUUUUGUGACCUUCCCCUGGUGAUAGAGCUGGCUUGCAUGGAUACUUAUGAGAUGGAAAUUAUGACCCUAACUAACAGUGGCCUGAUAUCACUGAGCUGUUUUCUGGCUUUAAUAAUUUCCUAUGCCAUUAUUCUGAUCACUGUCAGGCAAAGGUCCUCCAGUGGGUCAGCCAAGGCACUGUCUACAUUAACUGCCCACAUCACAGUGGUGAUUCUUUUCUUUGGGCCUUGCAUUUAUUUCUAUAUAUGGCCUUUUAGCAGACUUUCUGUGGAUAAGUUCCUUUCUGUGUUCUACACUGUUUGUACACCCCUGUUGAAUCCCAUCAUCUACUCUCUGAGGAAUGAAGAUUUUAAAUCAGCCAUGAGAAAGUUGAGAAACCGUCAUGUGGAUUCCUGGAAAAACUAAGGGUCACCAUGAGGAAGCAUAAUCUCGAAUGGGUAUGAAGAGCGUCCACUGGAUCAUAGUAUCUUGCCAAUUA